UUAUCCUACAACUUUGAAUAGUAUCAUAUAAACAAAACUUCUAUGUAGUAGCUAGCCUAGCUGCAUAUGAAUGCAAAGUUCUAAUUAAUUUUUUGGUUGCAAGGAAGCUUGGUCAGUGCUACAGUUCAAAUCAUAAUCUAGUUUCCAUUUUAUUUAAGAAUUUUCUGGAAUUGGAUUAAGAUGAUCGCAGAGUUUAAAAAGUAGAAGUUACCACAUUUAUUUCCGGAACAAAUAGAGCAAUCAGAAAAGUUUAGAGGUUUUUAAUAUCAGAAAAACACGGCAUUCAAAGAAACAGAUACUUUUCAAUGCAAACAUCUCUUAAUCACAAAAUGUCAUAUGAUUCUAGCAUGUUCAACAUCGAGCCUAUACGAAAUCUAGACUCAUACUGCUUCCUGCAAAAUGAGAAUCUCGAAAACUACUCAUCUUCUGAUAACGGUAGCCAUUCAACCUACCCUUCAUUUCAAGCUUUAGAACAAAACCUUGAAUCUUCUAACAAUAGUCCGGUCUCAAAGCUACAGUCAAAAUCUUACACAUUCACGUCGCAAAACUCUCUUGAAAUCAUCAAUGAUUCUUUAGAGAAUGAAUCUUGCUUGACACAUAACCAAGAUGACUUGUGGCACAAGAUAAGAGAGCUUGAAAAUGCUAUGCUAGGACAAGAUGCUGCAGAUAUGCUAGACAUAUAUAAUGAUACUGUAAUAAUUCAACAAGAAUCUGAUCCACUUUUGUUAGAGGCAGAGAAGUGGAACAAAAUGAUUGAGAUGAUAUCUAGAGGGGAUUUGAAAGAAAUUCUGUUUACAUGUGCAAAAGCAAUAUCAGAAAAUGAUAUGGAAACAGCUGAAUGGUUAAUGUCAGAGUUGUCGAAAAUGGUUUCAGUUUCGGGAAAUCCAAUCCAAAGGUUAGGAGCAUACAUGUUGGAAGCUCUUGUUGCAAGAAUAGCUUCUUCAGGAAGCAUAAUAUACAAAUCCUUGAAAUGCAAAGAGCCUAUAACUGCUACUAGUAAAGAACUACUCUCACACAUGCAUGUGCUUUAUGAAAUUUGUCCUUACCUCAAAUUUGGAUACAUGUCAGCAAAUGGUGUAAUUGCUGAAGCCUUGAAAGAUGAAAGUGAAAUUCAUAUAAUUGAUUUUCAGAUUAAUCAGGGAAUUCAGUGGAUGAGUCUAAUCCAAGCACUUGCCGGAAAACCCGGAGGACCGCCGAAGAUCAGAAUAACCGGUUUUGAUGACUCAACGUCCGCUUAUGCUAGGGGAGGAGGACUUGGUAUUGUUGGAGAAAGGUUAUCAAAACUUGCAGAGUCAUAUAAUGUAGCAUUUGAGUUUCAUGCUAUAGGGGUUAGUCCUUCUGAGGUGAGACUUGAAGACCUUGAACUUCGUCGUGGAGAAGCUAUUGCGGUGAAUUUUGCCAUGAUGCUGCAUCAUGUACCGGAUGAAGAUGUACAUGGUGGUAAGAAUCAUCGUGAUAGAUUGGUGAGAUUGGCAAAAUGUUUGUCUCCUAAGGUAGUGACUCUUGUUGAGCAAGAAUCAAAUACCAACGAACUUCCAUUCUUUGCACGUUUCGUCGAGACAAUGAACUACUACUUCGCAGUUUUUGAAUCAAUUGAUGUUGCUUUGCCACGGGAGCACAGAGAAAGGAUUAAUGUGGAACAGCAUUGCUUGGCUCGUGAAGUGGUCAAUUUAGUAGCGUGUGAAGGCGCAGAAAGAGUUGAACGUCACGAGGUUCUGAAGAAGUGGAGAUCAUGUUUCACAAUGGCUGGAUUCACACCAUAUCCAUUAAGCUCUUAUAUUAAUUAUUCAAUACAAAAUCUUCUAGAAAAUUACCAAGGACAUUAUACUCUACAAGAGAAAGAUGGUGCUCUUUAUCUUGGUUGGAUGAAUCAACCUCUUAUUACCUCUAGUGCUUGGAGGUGAUACUCAAAUGACAACUGGUUCAUUUUGUAAUGUAAGACUCUAUAUAUGUAUUAUCCUUAACUUCUUUCCUAGAAUAAUUUCUUCUAGUAGAUGUAUGCUUAACAUGGUAGAAUAAUUUCAUAAUUUGAUAGAAAGCAUACUAGAAUUGUGUGUUGUUUGGAAAAACAGAUUAAUUAAAUGCUUAUAGCAUAAGUGCUUAUGUAAAAGCUUUUUUUUGUAAUCAAAGAUAAAAUAAAGUCAAA